AUGGCCCUGACAGUCAAGCAGCGUGCUAAGCGUGCCCUCGUGACUCUCCUGCUACCGCUGGCAAGCGCGUAUGGUCUCCACAUCUCUUUGACGCGCGACUCUGCAGACGAUGAUGUCCGGAAGGCCUUCCGCAAAGUGGCAGUCAAAGUGCACCCGGACAAGGGUGGCGCCGCUGCGGACGCGCAGAGGCUCAAUGCAGCACGCGAUGCAUGGACUGCCGCGGCGGCUAAGGCCAAGGCAAAAGGACGUCCUGUCCGUCCUUGCAACCAGCCAGGAGCAGGAGUUGCUGUCGACAGUGGCACUGAGGGCUUCCGGAUUCGCUCCGAGAGUGUGCUCCUCACAUACCAAAGUUGGCUUGCUGAUGAUGCCCCUGCGGCCUGGCAGAGGUUCUGCGCCUUCAUUGCGGCCUCAACCACAGCUUGGCGUGUGAAGCACUGGGCAGCGACCAUGGAGCAGAAUGCCACUGGCAGCUGCCACAUGCACAUCAUGGUCCAGUUUACGGCAGCGCAGGACUGCGGCUGCGGCCGCUUCAUCUUUGAAGGCGUCCGCCCAAACUGUAGCCCUAACGCCUACCUGAAUGAGGGCGUGUGCCGCAAAAAGGUGCAGCAAUCCAUAGACCGUGGUAUGUUUUACGUGUGGGCAGACAAAGUGGGAACUGUGCGCUUAGGCACUGGGGACCUCUGCGUGGCUGCAAACUACGAGCCCUGCUGGACCAAGAAACAGCGCAAGCUCACCUCGCAGAAGUACGAGGAGUACCUUUUCCUCACUCGCGAUGGUGUGCUCGCGCGAAAGCGUAAUCUGGAUGCUGUGCGUGAGCACGAGGCUGGGCUGGCAGAAGCCGGCAUCAUCGAGGCCAACAGCAAGCGCAUCCGCGCAAACCCAGCGCUCUACCAGCCGUUUCCUCGCGUGCCUGCAGCUGACGCGUGGCUGGCGACUUUCCGUGAGGAUCGCCUAAGGUAUCCGGUUCUCAUUGUGCUAGGACCAUCCCAAACAGGCAAGACGGAAUGGGCAAAAUCCUUGUUCAAGAGACCGCUGGAGCUUAAGGUGGGAAGCUUGGAGGUCUUCCCAGAAGCCAUGCGCAGCUUUGACAGGACUUGGCACGAUGGCAUCGUUUUGGACGAUGUUCGCGACCUCAACUUCCUGGCAGAGCAUCAAGACAAGCUGCAGGGCAAGUAUGAUGCCCGUGUGGAGUUCGCAACGACUCCAGGAGGUACCUGCGCCUACAGCAAGUACCUCUUCGCGGUGCCCGUGGUCGUGACCAUCAACAACAGUACGCGAAACCUGGACUUCCUGCUGACGCAUGACUGGCUCAGCUGCGAGCGAAAUCGCGUCCUCAUCCGCUUCCCAGAUGUCCUCCGACAAGACUAA